AUGGGAACUGCACACGAGUCACUUGUUGUCGCAACCUGGGAGUUCUCGCAAAGCGGAGUCGAAAGCUGUUUUGACUGCCUUCGGAAAGGUGGAAAACCGCUCGACGCAGUUGAAACUGGCAUACACGUUGUAGAACUCGAACCGACUGUGACCUCAGUCGGAUACGGAGGCCUGCCGAACGCGAACGGCGAACUAGAGCUCGACGCAGCCAUCACGGACGGUGCCCACUUCGGGGCUGUGUUUGCUUUGAGGGGAUAUCGCAGCGCGAUCGGGAUCGCUCGGGGAGUUCUGGAGCGCAGCGAGCAUACGGCACUAGCGGGCAACGGCGCUGUGAACUUUGCCCAGGAAGUUCUCGGUGAAGCACCCUUGCCCGAUUCGGAGCUGCUAACCGAACACGCUCGACGCCGUCUGGCGGAAUACCGAGCCGGCAGGUUCCAAGGACGGCCCAAUGAAUCGCAUGACACCGUAGGGAUGAUAGCGGCUCAAAGCACAGGUGAUAUUGCCGCCGGCUGCGCCACUUCGGGAUACCCGUUCAAGCGACCCGGCCGAGUGGGCGACUCACCGCUACCCGGCGGCGGACUUUUCUGUGAAUCGGGGCUGGGGGCGGCGGUAGCUACUGGUGAUGGUGACGACCUCAUGCGUCUGUGCCCGACGCAUCUCAUUGUCGAACUCAUGCGAAAUGGACAGAGUCCCCAGCGCGCAUGUGAAGAGGCCGUUCAGCGGGUCAUGAGAUACCGUGAGCAGACAGGUCGAGAUUGCCGUGGCGCGUUCAUUGCCGUGCGCUGUGAUGCCCUCGCUUGGGGUGCACAUGCGACGCACGAAGGCUUCGUGGUUGCCCAUGCCGAUGGUCGACGCAUGGAUCAAUCAUUGCUUAUACCUGUUGAGGUACCCGAAGCGAGGAACAAGCCCUGGCGACGCGUCUGUGUCUAG